AUGGGCAGACUCAUCAAGAACCACUGGGCACGCUUGAUUAUCCUGUCAGCCGCAGCUUGGCAAGUCGGCGCCUCCAUCGAAGGCUUCUUCUGGCCCAAAGUCUUCUGGGACUUUUUGACGAAGAGCCUCAACGGCGCCGUGAAGCCGAUCCCGGUUCUCCAGAUCAUCAAUCUCAUCCUGGGGUUAAUGGGCCUCGCGUGGGAAUGGCCGCUGAAGCCGCUAGCGGGGACCCUCCCACACCGCAGCAUCGUGCUCCGGCUGCUGGUGUAUCCGCUCAGCGCGCUGGCGUGCGCGCUCAUGUACCAGUCGGGCGACGUCGCGGUCUACUAUGUCAUCGGCAUGGCGGUGUAUUUCUGGGCUUACAGUGAGGGGGAGGUUGUCUGUGCCGAGCCGUGGACGUUACCAAAGAGGGCUCCGCGUGAGAAGGUCUAA